UCCCUCGAUCACUACACAGUGCACAAACCAACAAAAGAUCCUCCUCUUUACACUGCAAAAUCAAAUACCCAAAUGGCCGACGUCGCCACCGCGAUUCCCAUCGUUAUUCCGACAAAGAAGAGAACCAGAAAGCCACUGCACCCCAAAAACUCUUCACAGAAUGAAUCUAACAUUGUCGCUGGAGCUAUAUCUCAGCCACCAUUGGCGUUUGAUCACAUCUUUGCCGGAAAAGAGAACUCCGACAGCCUUUCUCAACACAAAUCUCCAAAGAUCAAGAAAUCAGGAAAAGGGAAAAAUCAUCCGAAACCCGAAGCAGCAUCAGCUUCAUUUGAGAAAGAGUUGCAGGAAAUGCAAGAGAAACUUCAAAAGAUGACGCUUGAGAAGCAACAAGCAGAGGAUCUUUUGAAACUGAAGGAGCAAGAACUCGAGUCACAUAAUAGAGAGCAAGAGAAAGUUAAAAUGGAGCUCAAGAAGUUGAAGAAGUUGAAAGAAUUCAAACCCACCAUGACACUGCCCAUUUUGCACUCGUCGAAAGACAAAGAUCAAGUGAAGAAGAAGAAGAAAGGUUCCACAGAUACUAAAAAGCCAGCAACUCCCUACAUCAUGUGGUGUAAAGAUCAUUGGACUGAGGUCAAGAAAGAAAAUCCAGAAGCAGAGUUCAGUGAAGUCGCAAACAUUUUGGGGGCGAAAUGGAAGACACUCACCCCCGAAGAGAAGAAGCCGUACGAAGAGAAGUAUCAAAUUGAGAAGGUAGCUUAUUCAAAAAUUGUGGAUAAUGAGAAAAGAGAAAGUGAAGCUAUGAAGCUUUUGGAAGAAGAACAGAAACAGAAGACAGCUAUGGAGUUGCUUGAACAAUACCUGCAGUUCAAACAAGAAGCAGAGAAAGAGGGAGAUAACAAAAAGAACAAGAAGGAGAAAGAUCCAUUGAAGCCAAAGCGACCAGAGUCUGCGUAUUUCUUGUUUAUGAAAGAGAAAAGAGCUGCUCUGAUUGCAGAAGGCAAGAGUAUGGUGGAGAUUGCUAAAAUCUGUGGAGAAGAAUGGAAGAACAUGACAGACAAGCAAAAAGCAGGGUAUGAAAAAGUGGCGAAGAAGAAGAACAAGCAAUAUACACAAGAAAUGGAGGUGUACAAGCAGAAUAAAGAAGAGGAAGUUGAAAAUGCUAAGAAGGAAGAAGAUGAGCUUUUGAAGGUUCUAAAGCAGGAAGCUUUACAAUUGCUUAAAAAGAAAGAGAAAACAGAAACCAUCAUUAAGAAAACAAAGGAAGAGAAGAAGAACAAGAAGACGGUUGAUCCUAACAAGCCAAAGCGUCCUCCAUCUUCUUUCCUUCUUUUCAGCAAAGAAGCAAGGAAGGAUUUGUCAAAAGAAAAGGCAGGAAUGAGCAAUUCCCAACUGACUGCUCUGAUUUCCGUGAAGUGGAAGGAAUUGGGAGAAGAAGAUAAGCAGAAACGGAAUGGUGAGGCUGCAGAAGCCAUGGAAGCUUACAAGAAGGAUAUGGAGGAGUAUAACAAGAAUGCAGCAGACAUCCCUAACAACGAUAACUAGCACUAAUGUGGCCUAUCAUGUUCAACUUGUUCUGUUGAACAUCUAUCAUCCAAAUUAGCUUUUUUACUCUCAAGUAAUUGGACCAAUCAAUUUUUUGUGGUUUGCUUUCAUUUAUCGUGUCACCCG